CAGGACCGGAAGUGGAGUCAGGACCGGAGGCGGGGCCCCGGCAUGGCCGACGACGUGGCCCUGGGCGCCCGGCUCUGCUGGGAGCAGUUCGGCUCCGGGGCCGCCCGUGGCUGCCGCGCCGCCGCCGACGGGAGCCUGCAGUGGGAGCCCGAGGGGCAGCGCUGGUGCGGGGCGUCCCGGGGCUCCGCAGGGAGGCCCGCAGGCGGGCGGCGGGGCGGCGGAGCGGGGCGUCCCGGGGUCGCGCAGGCGCUGCUCCGCGGGCUCCUGGCCGUGUUCCUGCCGCGGGGCUUCCCCGAGAGCGUGAGCGCCGACUACCUGCGCUACCAGCUGUGGGACUCGGUGCAGGCUUUUGCUUCCAGCCUGUCGGGCUCCCUGGCGACCCACGCCGUCCUGCUGGGCUUGGGGGUCGGCGACGCCCAGGCCUCCGCGUCCGCCGCCACGGCCACCUGGCUCGUGAAAGAUUCGACGGGCAUGCUGGGCCGCAUCGUCUUUGCUUGGUGGAAGGGGAGCAAACUGGACUGUAAUGCCAAGCAGUGGAGGCUGUUUGCUGACAUCCUCAACGACGUGGCCAUGCUCCUGGAGAUUCUGGCUCCCUUGUACCCCGCCUGUUUCACCGUGAUUGUCUGCGUCAGCAACCUGGCCAAGUGCCUCGUGAGCGUGGCCGGCGGGGCCACUCGGGCCGCCCUGACCAUGCACCAGGCCCGAAGAAACAACAUGGCCGACGUGUCAGCCAAAGAUGGCAGCCAGGAGACAUUGGUGAACCUGGCUGGGCUCCUGGUCAGCCUCCUGAUGCUCCCGCUCGUGUCAGAGAACCCCAGCUUCAGCCUGGGCUGCUUCUGUCUCCUCACUGCGCUGCACAUCUAUGCCAACUACCGCGCAGUGCGCGCCCUGGUCAUGGAGACGCUGAACGAGGGCCGCCUCCGCAUGGUCCUCACACACUUUCUUCAGCGGGGAGAGGUGCUUGACCCCACAUCUGCCAAUCAGAUGGAGCCACUGUGGACAGGUUUCCUGCCGUCUCUGUCUCUCUCCCUGGGGGUCCCUCUACACCGCGUGGUCUCCAGUGCCUUUGAACUACAACAGCUGGUUAGGGGACAUCAAGAACCCUACCUCCUUCGCUGGGACCCGGCACAGAACCAGGUCCAGGUAGUUCUGGGCCAGACGGCAGGCCCCAAGACUGUACUGAGGGCUGCCACCCACGGGCUGCUGCUCCGAGCCCUGCAGAGAGACGGUCUCCUGCCGGGAGAGCUGGAGGAGCUGAGGAGCCGAAUGCAGGCAGGUCAAGAGAAAGACAGCUGGGCCAUAGUCAGGGAGACACACCAAGUGCUGGACAAGCUGUUCCCAAAGUUCUUGAAAGGACUGAGGGAUGCCGGCUGGAACACUGAGAAGCACCAGCUAGAAGUGGAUGAGUGGCGGGCCACCUGGCUCCUGGCUCUGGGGAAGAAGGGCUUGUGAGCAGCCCAGAGACCCAGGUCUCAGGACAGGAGCCCCAGCAAAGACAGCAGCCACAGGAGGACGGGCAAGGCAGCUUUAUUUGUGCCUGACAGAGCUGCUGUGACUGAUUGACCAAAGCCGCUCGGAGAGGCUGAACUCCUCUCUGGGACAAAUCGGGAGGCAGGCCUCCACUCCUGUCUCUCACUGCCCCCCAACUCCUUGGAGCUAAGCCCUGCCCUGGCAGCGGUUCCUGGCAUCCACAAAACUGCUGCCUCCCCCCCUCAGGCAUAAAAGCCCCAGAAGAAGGUGGCUACGGCCAUCAUGAGCAGA